CACGUUCGAGUAGUAGGCGGGUGACUGGAAUGCAGGGUCAGCAACGGAUCAGUGUAUCAGGGGUUGAUGAACCUUCGUUUUCAAUUACCAGCGUACAAAGAUGCGGAACGACCAAUCGUAAAUAAGUGAUCGAAUCCGAGCGACUCAAACGAAUACUGAUUUGCAACAUAUUGGGUUUUUUUCGGUGCAAAAUUGCUUGUGGAAAGCGUCGAAAAUUCCAUGUUUGCAAUCAAUUUUGGCGUUGUUUGGAAAUUCAUUGGCAAGAUUAACACAAUAGACCGGAGGAAUACUAUCAAGGUAUCCUUCCAUCCUGCACCCUGCGAAGAUUAUUCAAUAUCCACUGCAUUCCGUUCCUCGAAGCCAACAGCAAACGAUACCAACGAGAAUGCAAAUGCUAAAGAGGACGGAUACACCACCGUGACCCCACAAGACCAAGAAACGCGAGAGAAGACAGAAUGACUGAUUCACCAAACUGCGGUGAAAAACGCAGCUAAUGCUUCACCACCAAAUAUAAGCAUCUCAACAAACAGCAGGAUAUAAGCAUAAGCAUAAGACAUCGCCCGUAGUUGCUACUCCGUUAUUGACCAGAACCAAUUGAGAUUACAAAUUAUUCAUUGGAACAACAUGUUUGGGAAUAACAUGAUGAGCCACAUUGUGCAAUCUAUAUUGCUCCCUGCAUGCUGAUCAAUACCGACGCCGACCACGUCCAAAUGCAGAUCUUCUGGGGAAGGAAGGAAUGUUAGUCCGAUACAUGUUGCUACUAGAAACCGAGGAAUCCUCUGCAUCUCCACAUGUAUCACGGGAAGAACCAUAGCGAUGGUCGAUAAACGAAUUAUGUGCGUGGGUCUUUGCAAUCUGGACAUAAUUCAGGUGUGUGAAAACUUUCCACUGGAGGACUCCGACCAACGUUCCAUGCACAGUCGCUGGCAGCGCGGUGGCAAUGCGUCCAAUAACUGCACGGUCCUGGCGCUGCUCGAUGCCAAAUGCGAACUCUUAUCGACGUUCAGUGAUUCCGAACACUUUGCGUUUGCUAUUCGAGAUCUUCACCGGCGAGAAAUCUUGACCGAAAACUGUGUUUUUCACAAAGGUAGUGAAAUUCCGCUGUCUACCGUGUGGUUGAACGCCAGCUCGGGCAGUCGAACGAUUGUUCACUCGAAUCCUAAUCUGCCAGAGUUAACGGAGGAACAAUUUGGUUACUGUAAUUUAGAACACUACAGUUGGAUUCAUUUCGAAGGAAGACGAAGCUCCGGCGAGAUAGCCAAAAUGAUAAAGCGAAUCAAAAUGUGGAACGAAACGCGGAAAGUGACCGAACGAAUCACUAUUUCAAUCGAACUGGAGAAACCAAGAGAAUCAAAUUUGCUAUUGAUUCCGAACGUAAAUGUUAUCUUCUUGGGAAAGGAUUUUGCUAGUUUUAUGGGUUUUAACACCGCACUUGAAGCGGUGCAAGGAUUUAAGAAACGCUUUUCGGGAAGUUACACCGUCAUUUGUCCGUGGGGAAACAUCGGCGUUAGCGCGCUAGACCAAAGCAAUCAAUAUUUCAACUGUGGAGUUUACCCACCUGCGACAAUUCGGGAUACUCUUGGAGCAGGGGACACCUUUUGCGCGGGAUGUAUUUUUCAGCUGAACCAAGGAAACUCAUUACAAAAAGCGAUUGAGUAUGGUUCCCAACUAGCAGGUCUUAAAAUUGGUGAUUUUGGCUUCGAUCACCUAAAAGAAAAGAUUGAUCAGUUACGUGAAUAGAGGCUUUCUCUGUAAAACAUUCCAACGCAACCAAAGCUGAAGUAAGGAUUCAUUGUCCAGG